GCAGCCGGCAGAGCCGCGGAGGGAGAUCGAGUCCUAAAAAAGGUAGCUCUGCGGCUCGUUAGUUUCGCCGGUCUUUACCCGCAACCGAAGUGUCAGAGAGCAGGGGACGGAAACGCAUCCCCGCGUGAUGCUCCGCUUUACCGCCACAUUUCAUUUGAAAGACGUCUCGCGGGGGUGAAAGACAGUAGCCCAACGUUUGGGAGGUUCAUUCGCGCGCUAGAAAACUAUUCCGUCAGACCUGUAGGCUAGAUAACUUCACUGACGUCUUUUCCCCGCCGGUUCGCUUUUCUUUGAAGCAAAUUGAGCGAAGCCCCCCUUUUCCUUUUGCGAGGCGAGGUAUUCCGAUAUAAUUCACCGUGAGGGUCUGACACCUCUCAAGCCGUGCAUCACCUGAGAAGAGAACAGUGACUGCGCCAACAUGGGGUAUGGGCGGUCAGACAGUUACCGAGUUGCCACCACACAGGACAAAGAUGACCGAUCCCCCAAGAAGAAGAAGGGGGCAACCAAGGACAUGGAUGACCUGAAGAAGGAAGUGCCCAUUACGGAACACAAAAUGUCUGUAGAGGAAGUAUGCAGGAAAUUUCAGACUGACAUUGUGCAGGGGCUGACCAAUGCCAAGGCAGCAGAGAUCCUGUUGAGGGACGGUCCCAAUGCUCUCACCCCCCCUCCCACCACCCCCGAGUGGGUCAAGUUCUGCCGCCAGCUGUUCGGCGGAUUCUCCAUCCUGCUGUGGAUCGGCGCCAUCCUCUGCUUCCUGGCCUACGCUAUCCAGGCGGCCACCGAGGACGAUCCGGCGGGAGACAACUUGUACCUGGGAAUAGUGCUCACAGCUGUCGUCAUCAUCACUGGCUGCUUUUCAUACUUCCAAGAGGCCAAGAGCUCCAAAAUUAUGGAGUCUUUUAAGAACAUGGUGCCUCAGCAAGCGUUAGUGAUCCGUGAGGGUGAGAAGGUGCAGAUCAAUGCUGAGGAAGUGGUGGGAGGGGAUCUGAUCGAAGUGAAGGGAGGAGACAGGAUCCCUGCCGACAUCAGGGUGGUGUCUGCUCAUGGCUGCAAGGUGGAUAACUCCUCCCUGACAGGAGAGUCAGAGCCUCAGAGCAGGUCCCCUGACUGCACCCAUGACAACCCCCUGGAGACCCGAAACAUCGCUUUCUUCUCCACCAACUGUGUUGAGGGUACAGCGCGUGGUAUUGUCAUCUGCACCGGAGACCGCACCGUCAUGGGUCGCAUUGCUACUCUGACCUCUGGCCUGGAGACGGGCAAGACCCCCAUUGCCAAGGAGAUUGAGCACUUCAUCCACAUCAUCACGGGCGUGGCCGUCUUCCUGGGCGUGACGUUCUUCAUCCUGGCCAUCAUCCUGGGCUACACCUGGCUGGAGGCGGUCAUCUUCCUCAUUGGCAUCAUUGUUGCUAACGUGCCUGAGGGGCUGUUGGCCACUGUCACUGUGUGUCUGACCCUGACGGCCAAACGCAUGGCUAAGAAGAACUGCCUGGUGAAAAACCUGGAGGCCGUGGAAACCCUGGGCUCCACCUCCACCAUCUGCUCCGACAAGACAGGCACCCUGACCCAGAACAGGAUGACGGUGGCCCACAUGUGGUUCGACAACCAGAUCCAUGAGGCCGACACCACCGAGGACCAGUCAGGCGCCUCAUUUGACAAGAGCUCGGUCACGUGGUUGUCACUGGCUCGUGUCGCUGCCCUGUGCAACCGCGCUCAGUUCAAGGCCGGACAGGAGUCCAUGCCCAUCCUGAAGCGGGACGUGGCCGGGGAUGCCUCAGAGUCGGCCCUGCUCAAGUGCAUCGAGCUGUCCUGCGGCUCGGUCAGGAUGAUGAGGGACAAGAACAAGAAGGUGGCUGAGAUCCCGUUCAACUCCACCAACAAAUACCAACUCUCAGUACAUGAGACAGAGGAUCCCAAUGACAACCGCUACCUGCUGGUCAUGAAGGGAGCCCCCGAGAGGAUCCUGGACCGCUGCUCCACCAUCAUGCUGCAGGGCAAAGAGCAGCCUAUGGAUGAGGAGAUGAAGGAAGCCUUCCAGAACGCCUACAUGGAGCUGGGGGGGCUGGGAGAGAGAGUACUAGGUUUCUGCCACUUGCUGCUUCCUGAAGACCAGUACCCCAAGGGCUUUGCCUUUGACACAGAUGACGUCAAUUUCCAGACGGACAACCUGUGCUUCGUGGGCCUCAUGUCCAUGAUUGACCCUCCCCGUGCCGCCGUGCCCGAUGCUGUGGGCAAAUGCAGGUCUGCCGGUAUCAAGGUCAUUAUGGUCACUGGAGAUCAUCCAAUCACAGCCAAAGCCAUCGCCAAGGGAGUGGGCAUCAUCUCCGAAGGCAACGAGACGGUGGAGGACAUCGCAGCUCGACUCAACAUCCCCGUGAGCCAGGUCAACCCCAGGGACGCCAAGGCUUGUGUGAUUCACGGUACAGACCUUAAAGAUCUAUCUCAGGACCAGAUGGACGACAUCCUGAGGAAUCACACAGAGAUCGUGUUUGCCAGGACCUCCCCACAACAGAAGCUCAUCAUUGUAGAGGGCUGCCAGAGACAGGGUGCCAUUGUAGCCGUGACAGGUGACGGUGUGAAUGACUCACCUGCGCUGAAAAAGGCCGACAUCGGCGUCGCCAUGGGAAUCUCAGGUUCUGAUGUGUCCAAACAGGCGGCAGACAUGAUCUUGUUGGAUGACAAUUUUGCCUCUAUUGUCACAGGAGUGGAAGAAGGCCGUUUAAUCUUUGAUAACCUUAAAAAGUCCAUCGCCUACACGUUGACCAGCAACAUCCCAGAGAUCACCCCUUUCCUGUUGUUUAUCAUCGUCAACAUUCCUCUGCCACUGGGAACCAUCACCAUCCUCUGCAUUGACCUGGGAACUGACAUGGUGCCAGCUAUCUCCCUGGCUUAUGAAGCAGCAGAGAGUGACAUCAUGAAGCGCCAGCCCAGGAACCCAUUCAGGGACAAGCUGGUGAACGAGAGGCUCAUCAGCAUCGCCUAUGGACAAAUCGGUAUGAUCCAGGCCCUGGGAGGCUUCUUCUCCUACUUCGUCAUUUUGGCUGAAAACGGUUUCCUGCCCAGCCACCUAGUAGGCAUCAGGCUGUCCUGGGACGACCGCGCCACCAACGACCUGGAGGACAGCUAUGGACAGCAGUGGACGUACGAACAGAGGAAGAUAGUGGAGUUUACAUGCCACACAGCCUUCUUCGUCAGUAUUGUGGUGGUGCAGUGGGCUGACGUCAUCAUCUGCAAGACCAGACGUAACUCUGUGUUCCAGCAGGGCAUGAGGAACAAGAUUUUGAUCUUCGGCUUGUUUGAGGAGACGGCCCUGGCUGCCUUCCUGUCCUACUGCCCCGGCAUGGACGUGGCGCUCAGGAUGUAUCCUCUAAAGCCCACGUGGUGGUUCUGUGCAUUUCCAUAUAGUUUUCUCAUCUUUGUAUACGAUGAAGUUCGAAAACUUCUCAUCCGCCGAAACCCUGGAGGUUGGGUGGAAAAGGAGACAUACUAUUGAUCAAGAGCAUCUUUGCUCAAACCCUCUACAUUUUCCACUUAUUUCUCCUCCUGUCGCUCCAUCCCUGGCAAACCACACCUCCAGACGCCCUGCCCCUUUAAAGACAAACAAACGCUUCGAAGCAAUUUUCAUCACAACUGCCCCAAAGAUUAAAAACAGCAAAAGCACCUUUACAACUUUCUACAUUGACCCGCCCCUCCUUUGUCCUUAUCUCCUAUGAUACUCUUUGCAUGUGUUCUCUCACUGCUGUGUACAUAAACCAAUAUAUCUACCAGACGGCAGCUGCAUAUUGUGUAUGUAGGUUUGACUGAGCUAAGGAUGCAGGGGAAGUGUCUAUGCUCUGCAAAAAAGGGCCAUUCAGCUCCUCCCCCCGCGGUACCCACCCCCCCGUCUCUCUCUGUACCUUGUCCCGUUUCCCCAAACCCUUUGCUUGUCCUCCAAUCACACACAGAUAUAAAGAUCACACGGUGAGAUCCCACCGCCGACACCACGUCAACUGCCACCACUUGCCUCCGUCUCGUGUCCGUAGAGGACCAGUGGAGUGGUCAUCUCCCUGAUGUUCUCGCGGCGUCCAUUUUACUUCUCUUCCGUUCUCAAUGGCCACAGUGUUGUUGUUUUUUUUUGAUAUGUGGGUUAGGGGGGGCGCAGUUAUUUGAUUUGUCUUUUUUAUUUCAAAGAUAGGAGAGGGGGCGUGUGAGAGCUGCUUCUCCUCAUUUAGGCCGAACAAAGCACACCCCAUAACGCCCGGUCCCCCCGUCUCUCACACUCCUCCUCUCCCCCACCUCCGACCCUGUUUGUCUCUGUUUGUGUGCACUGUGUGAACCAUUGUCCUUGUUAAUACCUAUUACAGUACACCCCCAAGUUGGUAAAUACAAAUCAAUCUUUCUGUGUGCUAUAGGAAAUCUAUAUAAUUCUAUACCGAAUUUAAAUGAAACAAUAAAAACACAUGUUGGAAAACAGACGUUCACGAAGAAAGAUAUCGAUUUUGGUGACAGGAGACAAAGUGAGGGGUGUGUCCCGUUUUGUUUAGUUUGGUUUCAGUUACUUUUGCUGGUUUCCAGGAGGCUAUUCUAAAAUCGUAUCAGCAAAGCAGGGUUAAAGGUUGUGUUUUUACCAAGAGGCACAAGACACCAUCAAAGCUUUCAGGUUUCUGUCACUGCAGGUGUGCUGGUAUGAUGUGGUGCAGCGUGCUGUGAUGUGGUGAGUGGUGAGUCCAUGAGCAUGGGCGCGGUUGCUGGUUCAGGAGCCGCUCCGGUGUACUUCAGGUCCUGACAUGUUCCAGUCCAGCCCAGGUCUGUGUGAAUGUAUGUGUUGGAGACCAAUGAAGGCCAGCGGUCUCAGGCUGGGUUUAUCUCAGAUGGUUGAAAAGGUUCAAAUUACAGAAAAUAAUACAGAUCUAGUAGAACAUGUGUGUCAAAUAAAAUGAAACCAACACCAAUAAAAUAUCUAGAACAUUUAAUACAA